ACAACCAGUAUGUACAGUAGUAACUAAAAUAAAUGUAUACGUUGUACCGAGAGUAACGUAACAUAUUAUGAAACGCAUAUUGAUUUAAGUACGUCGUCACUCAGUCUAACAUGUCUUCCCGCACCUUACAUUAGUAUUAUUUAUUAACGAUUCAAGUUCAUGGACGGCGGAAGUUUCUUAAGCUAUCAACAAUUGCCAUGGACACUAGUUCACACAGUUCAUUGCGUAUUAAAGUGAUUUCCGAGUUAGUACUAUUAGUUGUGCGGGUAAGUUGACGUGAAAAGUGCACUAAAUAUAAAAAUGAGCGUUGAAAAACGUAAAAUGACUUUUGACAAACGUAAAAAGUAUGUUAAUCAUCUGUCAGUGUUCAAACAGAGAACAAAGAAAGAUGAUAAUAAUGAAUUGUCUGAGCGAAUUAUCAUCACUGCUCGUAAAACUGGUGAGCUCAAUUUGUCUUCAAAAGGAUUAUCUACGGUUCCGCGGAGAGUAUGGACAAUAAAUGAAUUAACAAAGGAAGAGAUCGAAGAGCUGCAUGUGAAUUUAGAUUUUGAUGAAGAUCGAGACCGUUGGUGGGAACAAGAAUCAUUAAAAACACUGAAUCUCUCCUCAAAUAGUUUGACAUCCAUCGAUCCGGAAGUUCAAAAUUUAUCUGAUCUGAUUGACUUUGAUCUUCAUGAUAAUUUAAUUGAAGAAUUACCGGAUCAAGUUCGAAUGCUACUAAAACUCAGAAAACUAAAUUUAUCUCACAAUAACCUGAAUAAAAUAAAUACUAAUUUAUUUACAUUGGAAAAUUUACGGCAGCUAAAUUUAUCCCACAAUAAUAUUAAAGAGUUAGAUCCAUCAAUUGGUGACCUCGUUAUGCUCGAGUCAUUAAACUUGUCGUAUAAUAAUAUUACGAAAUUGCCUAUUGGAUUGGGAUAUCUAGUGCGAUUAUGCAAUCUUGAUUUAAACCACAAUCUGUUGAUAGAAUUACCACCGGAUAUUAUGAGCAUGAGAGUUUUAAAAAAACUUGAUGCAAGUUCUAAUAAUUUGGAAGUAACUCCUCCUCUGGGUGAAAUGAGAAAACUAGAGAUUCUUAAUCUUCAGGAUAAUCAUUUAUCUGUAUUUCCUGAUGUAAUUGGUUGUACUGCUUUACGUGAAAUAUAUCUUUCUAACAAUCAAAUAACUGAAUUCGAAAUGGAAUGCUUAGAAGGUAUUGGACAAUUAAAAUCCCUCGUGAUGGCUAAUAAUAAAAUCGAAACAAUCCCUGAUGACAUCAUUACAUUACUCAAUUUAGAACGUCUUGAUUUAUCCUCAAACAAACUAACUUUUGUAUCAAACGCAAUAUCCAUUAUGCCAAAUUUAAAACAUCUAAUUAUUGAUGGAAAUAAAAUUAAAAAUAUAAGAAGAGAUAUUAUUCAAUGCGGAACGCCAAGAAUUUUAAGACACUUGAGACAAGGUUUAGAUGCUGACUCUAUAGAUUUGAGUCGAUCAUCCUCACCAUGUCCUACUAUGAUUCCUGGUCCUGACAAAUACAUGAUGAAACAUACAAAACUACUGAGCUUAGCGGCUCAGAAUCUUGAGCAAAUACCUGACAAUGUUUUAGAAGAUGCAAGUGAAGCUAAAGUUACAUGUGUUGAUUUAAGUCGCAAUCGACUCACGCAAUUGCCGGAUAAAUUAAAUUUGGUAAAAUCUGUUGAAGAUUUGAAAUUAUUUUGUAAUCAACUAGUGUCAUUGCCCGAGUGGAUCGGCGAGCUUUGCCGUCAUCUAAGAUACUUGGAUCUGAGUAAAAACCAAUUGACGAAUCUACCAGAUAGCAUUGGAAUGCUAGAACUUCUACGUGAAAUUAAUAUUUCCCAUAAUAAAUUUACGCUGGUACCUGAAUGUAUUUAUAAUAUAAGUCACUUGGAAAUACUGAUUGUCCAUGACAAUCGCGUGAAAGAAAUAGACGCACCAUCAUUAGCUAAAUUAAAACGACUAGCUAAAUUAGAUUUGUCAAAUAACGAUAUUGGGAAUGUGCCUCCCGAGUUGGGAAACCAAACAAAUAUCAGGACUCUACUACUGUCGGGAAAUUGUUUUAAACAACCACGUCACGAUACAUUAGUCAAAGGAACCGAAGAAAUUCUUUCGUAUUUACGAAAUCGAAUUCCGUUGUAACAAUUCAACAUUUUGAGAUUAAUGCCAAAGUAAUUGUGCCUCUAUUACAAAUUACAAGCAAAUUAAAUUUAAAAAUAAUAAAAAUCAAAUUAUUCUAAAUAUUCUAUAAAGAUGGAGAUUUAUAAUAAAUAAAAAUUACUGAUC